AUGACCCAAGAUCAAGAAGAACGUCCGACUCCACCUCAGACGUGGAAGGGCCAUCGCGCCUGUUUUGAAUGCAGACGAAAGAAGACAAGAUGUGACAUGAGAAAACCUAACUGCGGUUUAUGUACAAGGACCGGCCAAUCCUGCACGUUCCCAACAAAGCGGAAGACGCCUCAGAGACGUCGCCAGGAGAGCCAGAUUGAUUCACAGAAGCUUGAACGUCUCGUUAGUCUGCUUGAGUCAAGGUUGAACGAUGGCCAAGACAUCGAUAUGCUGUUAUCGCAAACAGAACAGCUUCCGAAAGUCAACGAUAUACACACACCAAACUCCCUCGACAGAGAACAGGAACAGAUUAUGCGAGAUGAUAGCAACGAUGAAUCGCAGUCAGAAAUCAUUGUCCUGGGCACAAGCAUCGUCUGCGACGAUUCAACGUCACCAGCAUCCAUCUUCCGCUCAACAGAAGGAGAAGCACCCGUCUGGUUGGGGGUACCGGUGCCUGUACUGACAGACCUUGUUCACAUCUUUUUCGCAAAGACCCAAGGAUGGCUUCCGCUUCUUCACAGGCCACGAUUCUUUGCCCAAUUCAUGAAGGACGGCGUAUUCGAUGACAGAAACCACUCCAACACUGAAGCAUUGCUGCUAUGCGGCAUGUUUGCCCUGGCAGCUCGCCACUCCACAAGUUCAUGGUUCCACGGCAUUCCAGCACCAGAUUGUGGACAGGUCUUUCUGGAGAAGGCCAAUGCAUAUUACGAAAAGUGUCAGCUUGGGCAAACACCAAGUCUUGAACACCUACAGGGGUGUAUCUUGUUAGCUGUCUAUGAAUAUGCUUCAGGCCCAUCACACCGCGCAUGGAUUCUUGCGGGCGUCUGUGUCCGACUAGCCUACGAUCUAAACUUGUGCAGUAUGGAUGAGCAGGAUGAAUCAAGCGAUUGGUCAGUUCUAGAAGAGCAACGCCGUGCGUUUUGGAUCACCUGGGAACUCGACACUUUUGGCUCUCUCAUGUCAAGACGGCCAAGUUCGAUCAACCGGUCCAUGGUCAUGGUCAAGCUCCCGGUUAGCGACGAGGCAUGGUUUGCUGACCGACCAGUUGACUCACCUGUUGUCGACCCAAGACCAAGUGAGGUUUGGAAACUCCUUGUCGACUCCCCAAAUCAAGACCCUCGGGCAUGGUUUCUUAUAGCCAACAUUCUCUUGAGCGUCGCAAGUGAAUUUGCAGCGGGUCGAUUCACUUGUCAGCGGGAUAAGGAGGAGCUCAUCGAUGCUAUUACCUGCUUUUCACUUGUCAUGUCACAACGGUUCAACUUGGAGACACUGGAACGAGAAACAUCUUCAGGUGAUGCGGCAAGGCAUAACUGGAUUAUUGGCAUGCAUCUCAUGUUGACCUGUACUCGCACGACCAUACAGGCUACCUUCAAGCCUGGAGAUCCAGAGACAUUGCGAUCACCUCGCCAUUUAUCUCGGAUAUUCUAUCAUUGGUAUCCGGACUACAUCCCUCUAUGUCAGCCUUUCUUGGCAUGUUGUCUGUUAUCAGACCGAGCAUACCCCUCAAAGGAUAUGACUGAUGCUUCAUAUACCGGAUACCAUAAUAGUGAACUUGUUAGUCUGGUCUUGUCGCAGUAUGCCACUGUAUGGAACCUUGCUUCGAUUGUAAUAAAUCUGAAGGCUUCAUUGAUGCGCCGUGACAAGGAUAACUCAUUCGAGAAGCGAUUUGCGUUAUUCUUCCCUUCGCGCGUUCCCAAUAAUCGGAAAGAUGAUCAGGCCACCAUAGCUGGAGGGCCCGAUAUCGAGGAACUGAGAAGUGAGAACGUAUCAGCCGAGAGUAGUUCUGGCGAUAGUGACCUGCAGCAACUUCUUCAGCCGACGGAACUGGGAGAUGCAGAGACUUUGAUGACAGAACUUGCAAAUAUGGCUGGAAGGGGACUACCUAGAUACGUGCCAGGAGACACUCAACCUGAUUGGAACAGCGGCAUUUCUCUCAAUUUCCUUGAUGAGGAUCAUCAGCAUCUAAAUUACCUACAGUUGUGA